AUGUCAGCUACUCAUGAUGCUCCACCACCAAUACCUCCCAAACCGGAUAGUCAAGGAAAGCCUCAAAACGAAAAUGAUAUAAAUCAGUUAUUAAAUUUAAUUGACGAAGAACUGACGAUUUCCCAGGAAGCUUAUAACACUACCCACACAAACAAUAUUAGUUGGAAUCAACCAACAACAACAACUCCUUUAAAUGCAGCACCUUCACCUCCGAUUGAACCGAUAAAUACAAGCUAUCUUUCAAAUAGGCAAAAUUCAGAAACAAACAUAACAAGCCUUGGUAGACGCUCUUCUGGAACUUCUACAUCAAAUCAUUCUCAACAAUCGUAUAAUGUCCCCAGUUCUGCGAAUACGUAUCAACAACAUUCAUACAACACACAUCAGUAUUAUAACCCUGUUCAACAACAGCCUUAUAAUAAUAGCUCAAUUCCUCAAGCUUAUGGUAAUGCGCAAUAUUAUCCGCAAGCAAAUGUACCAUAUAACUAUUAUUCUAGUUUUCCUCGUGACCUUACUUCUCAAGGUUGGCCCGCUCAUAAUGCACAUCCAAAUCCUUCUGUGAGACCAUUACCGAAUCCAUCAAUGUCAAAUACUACUUAUGUUCAACCAUAUGCUUCAGCAUAUAAUAAUACUCCAUAUAAUUAUGCAGCGCCUCCUCCAAUAUCAGGAGCAACUUCUAUGCCCGGAUAUUCGACACAACUAGUAAUGCCUGAUUUUCAUUUUUAUAAAGCAUCAGGACCUCCUCCUCCACUACAAAAUGAGAUACAAAAUCAGACACAAAAAAAUGCACAACCCUUAUCUAACGAUGAUUAUCCAGAGAAAGAAUACAGUCAAUACCAUACACAGUUUCCUUCAGCUUCUGAAAAUACUCGGGUAUCAAUGAAAAAUACCAAAAGGUCAUCGUCAUAUGGUUCAUCUUCUAAUACUAGUUCAGCACCAGCAACUAAAAAAUCAUAUGCGAAUGGUAUCAAUGGUUUGAUGAACCCAGCACUCUUAUCCAAUAUAGCAUUAGCAUUUCGUGCUACUGUAAACUUAGGUACCCAUGUAAAAGGUGCUUUAGAAUAUCCUGAUAGUUUUACUGGUGUUGAUGCUGUGAACACGAUUUAUUCUCUCUUACCUUGCGAUAUUCCGCGUCAUGUUGCUUUAUCUAUGGCCCGUUCGUUAGAGUCACAACUUUAUUUUCAUUCAAUAAAUUGGGCAACUGUUUCUGUUAUUCAAAACAAUAAGGAAGAGGUUUACACUUUCCUUAAACCUGAUCCUGAAGCGCCGUCAGCAUGGGAAUGGGAUGAAGAUUUCCCUACUGGUGUAUUUCCUGCUGUAUCAAAGUGUUAUAGCCCGCGUUGCAGUAUUGAUGGUAAAGGAUGUUAUUCCAGGAUUUGUUCGAACUAUGUUCCUGGCGUGAAUGAAAUAAUACCUGAAAAAUCUCUUGAACCCAGUCAACCUGAUGAGCAACCCAUAAAUACUCCUGAGACGCCAGUUCAACCUAUAUCACAAGAACAGCAAACUUGGACGGGUUUUGUCCCAAAAGAAAUAUUGAGUACAGUUUCUAAAAAUGAGUUGAGGCGGCAGGAAAUUAUAUUUGAAACUGUAUACACAGAAAAUGAUUAUGUAAUGGAUUUGAAUCUUUUAGAGACGCUUUAUGUUAAUGAACUUCGUUCAGCCUCACCUCCAAUAAUUUCGCCUGCUGAGCUUGAUCGUUUUAUUCAGGAAGUUUUUUAUAACGUUUUUGACAUUAGAAAACACAAUAAAGUCAUGCUAGAACGUUUGCAAAAACGACAGAAGGAAAGUUAUGUAGUAAAUAAUAUUGGAGAUAUAUUUUUAGAAUGUGCAUUAGAGUUUGGAAAUGAUUAUGUAAAUUAUAAUGGUCAUUUUCCUCUUGCUGAUAAUAUCAUAAAGAUUGAGAAAGCAAGAAAUCCAGAAUUCAAACAGUUUUUGGAGCAAUGUUCACGGAAACCUGAAGCACGCAAGCUUGAUUUCCGUCACUUUGCACAAAGACCGACGACACGUUUGCAACGAUAUACAUUGUUGCUUGAACAGGUUAUCAAAUACACUUCAGAUGAUAAUCGGGAUAAAGAAGUUUUGGAAAAUGCUUUGCAUACAAUUCGAGAAUUAUGUAGGGAGAGUGAUGAUAGAGUUCAUGAAGCUGAAAAACGAUUGAGAAUAGUAGAACUGGAACGUAAACUAGUGAAGAAAAAUAAUGAACCAUAUGUUUGUAUUCCCGAGCUUAAACUUCGGGAUCCAAAUCGUCAGUUAAUAUUUAAGGGAGAACUACAGAGGAAAUCAGACAUAGGUUUUGAAUGGUUGGAUCUUUAUGUUUUCCUUUUUGAUCAUUAUUUAGUUAUGACAAAACCAAGGAAAGGUCCUGAUGGAGAAGUUAGAUAUGUCAUUUCUAAAAAACCGAUCCCUUUAGAUAUGCUUAUCGUAGACUCAGGCUCAGAAAAUAUACAACAAAAUAAGUCUACUUUUUUUUCUAAUCUUGGCAGUAUUAAUUCUGCACUCGACAGUCGAAAAAGAACAAAUAGUGUGGGCCAAAAUUCAAUGGCUUCUCCUUUGGUUACAGAUCUUGAAGGGCCUGAAAAUCUUUUAAGUCGGCCUAGCUUACAUUCUUUUACAAUUAUUCACAUCGGUCGUAACGGGGGAUCAUAUCAAUUGUUUGCUGAUUCUGCUAAUUCGCGCAAAAUGUGGAAGGAAAAAAUUGCAGAAGCACAGACUAAACUUCAAUUAAAUGGGUCAAGCAAACAAGUAUUUGAAUUGUUUACAUUGAACGAUGCAACAUUCGGAACAGCACCGAUUGGAACCUCCGGUGCAACAGGUGCAUCAAAGGGCAAAGUAACAUGUUCCGUCCCAUUUGCCCUAAUUCCUUACCUAAAUUUCGUCUACCCUAACUCUGAUAGUAAAACAAAAAGGGGGUGUGCUGCAAUGGAAUGCACUAAAGUUACUCCAGAAAGGCGCAACAUGGUUGCUAUUGGUACAGAAGAUGGCGUAUGGAUGGGCUUUGGUGGAGAAACUAAGACAUUUCGUCCAGUUUUGACUGGCAUUGGUAACGUAAUGCAAAUGGCAGUCAUUGAAGUAUUCGGAAUUUUUGUUGUAUUAGUUGACAAGGCUUUGUGGGCGUAUUCACUAGAAUCGUUGAUACCAUCAUCUACAAAUGUCAAUACAUCUAGUCGGACACAGCAUCGUCAAAGAUUGAGUGCAAGUAACAACAUUCAGUAUUUCAAUGUUGGCACUAUUAAGGAUACUACUUUUCUUGUUUUUAUGAAAAAGAGAGGGUUAGAAAGCCAUUUUAAAAUCCUAGAACCAAUUGGAACAGGGGGCCAACGUAAGGGAAUGUUUCAGAUGCGAAACGAUAAUUGGUUCAAAGAGUAUAAGCAAUUUUACGUUCCAUCAGAAUCCUAUUCAGUUAACUUCUUGAGAUCCAAGUUAUGUGUUACUUGCACACGUGGUUUUGAAAUAGUUAAUUUAGAUACACUUCAAAAUAAUACAAUACCGGACCUCUCCCACCCACAAUUCGCAUCUAUUGCGCGAAGGUGCGAUAAUUCCAAACCUCUGGGGAUGUUGUUUAGGUUAGAUGAUAAUGAUACUAACGAAUUUUUGUUGUGCUACGAUGAAAUAUUCUUUUAUGUUGAUAAACAUGGCGAAUUAUCAAGACCUACAGUAGUGGAAUGGGAAGGCAAGCCCGAAGCAGUAGCAAUACAAUUACCUUAUAUUAUUGGCUUUAAUCCAUUGUUCAUUGAAAUCCGGGACGUGCAAACUGGAAAAUUAUGUCAAGUAAUUUCAGGCAAAAAUAUGAGAUGUUUAAAUGAUAAUUCUUCGGGAAGGAAUGCAAUACAUGCAGUGAUGCAACAUCCCUUUAAUGAUACACAAUACGUUUUUCAGCUAGUAUUGGCUGAUAUAAGAAGAAGUGAUAGCAUGAGAGGAACGCAUCGAUGA